GAGACAUAGCGAGAUAUAGGCGAGCUGUUGGCGCUUCCCAUUGCGAGCAAACCAUUCAUUUCAAACGGUUUCGUGUUCCGGUGCGGACGUACCUUCUCCGUGUGUGAGCUGCUCCGCGUGUUCAGUUGAGCUGGCGCGUAUCGUGCGUGCCACUGGAUAAAGUGUCAUCGAUUGUGUGGGUGUUUGUGUGUGUGUGUUUAAAAAUAAAAAGCUUCCAACGGGAGCGAAGCAGGGGAAGAGCGGUUGAGAAAAAAAGUGAAAGUGCAAGCCGGUUUUAAGCUUGGGGAAAAAUCCUUCCAGGAAAUUCAGUGCCAGCGCGCGCGUGGUCUCCUGUUCGAAUUUUACAUCCGUCCAUUUCGUACACUUUGUGGCUCUGUGUGUCUGUGUGUGUGUGUCUUUUGUUUUUCUUCCGGUUCCGGCCAAUCGAACGUGCGGGGGUUUUGGUAGCAGGUAGUGGUGGUGGUGGUGGUUGUACCACUAACUCCGGGCGUAGAGCGUGUUGGGUAGGGCGGCACUGGGCGCACCCGCGGCCCAGCAGAUUUCCCCUACAAAACCCGGUCCUAUCCGGGGGGUCAUUUUCCACGUGGCGAUCGUCGACGCAAAGCAGCUUAUAUGUGUGACCAGGGCAAGCGAAAGAAAAAGGAAAAAUUCCAGUACAACAAAUCGAUCAUGGCCGCCACGAGCGUGGUGGUCCUCGAUCGGGGCAACAACACGACCUGCACGGUGAACCUACACGGUGCAACCGUGGUGUCCUGGCGAGUAAAUAAUCAAGAACAGUUGUUUGUAAGUAAACUAGCAGUUUUUGAUGGGAAGAAGGCAAUCCGUGGUGGCAUACCGUUCGUUUUUCCACAAUUCGGUCCCUGGAACUUUGGCCCACAGCAUGGCUUCGGCCGGGUGGUCCGGUGGACGCUCGAGCGUGCCCCGGAACGAUUGCCCAGCGGUGACGUGGAAGCCGUCUUCAGCCUAAUGGACAACGAAAUUACACGCUCGAUGUGGAACUAUCCAUUUCGCAUAACGUACCGGUUGAUCCUACGCGAGAAGGAGCUCCACUUCCACAUCGGCGUGUACAACCCGAGCAAAGACAUGACCUUCUCCUUCAAUCUGCUGCUGCACACCUACCUGAAGGUGCCGGACGUGCGCCGAUGCCAGAUUACGGGACUGCACGGUUGCACCUUUGUCGAUAAGACACGAGACGGAGCCAUCUACCAGGAGGGCCGGGAUGCGGUCACCAUCAACGAGUGGACGGACCGGGUCUACCAGCACACGCCCCAGGAGCACGUCAUCACGAACGUGGUGUCCGGGCGGAAGAUGCGCCUGCAGAAGUACAACUUCCCCGACACGGUCGUGUGGAACCCGUGGAUGGAGAAGGCGCGCGAGUGCCAGGACUUUGGUGACGACGAGUACCCGAACAUGAUCUGCGUCGAGGCGGGCCACGUCUCGACACCGGUCAUCCUGCUGCCCGGCACCGCGUUUGAGGCGUCACAGAUACUUCAGGUUAUGUGAGUAGAAACCCCGGGAGGUACUGUGACCCGCAGUAAAGGUUCCUCCCGAGCAAAAUCCAAAAAGAAUCAGCAACAACAGCAACAACAGCAGCAGCAGCAACAGCAGCAACCACAGCAACAAACAUCUAAUCAAACACAGCAACAAAAUAAUCAACAACAGCAGCAGCAGCAGCAGCAGCAGCAACAGGCACAGCAACAGGCACAGCAGCAAGCCCAACAGCAUGCUCAACAGCAGGCCCAACAGCAGCAGCAGCAGCAACUUCAGCAACAGCAGCAGCAGCUGGCGACGAACGCGGCCGCACUGUGGCAGGUGCCGGCGGCGGCCGCCGCUGCCGCAGCCUGCUGGAACGCCAACUACGCCAACUUCCAGACGGCGGGCGUGCUGGCGUUCAAGAUGCCACCGUCCUGUGGUGGGCUGUGCGGUCCACAGACCAACUGUGAGCUGUGCUCGCUGAACUCAAACUAAACACUCCGAUCAGUUCCGUUAAUGCUGUUGUUUGUCGCACCGAGAAGAUGGUUGUGCUUCUUUUGAACUCCGCAAAUCACGAAUAUUUGCGUACGGCCAUCGAACACGGUUGGUUAGAAGUCUCUCGGCGGGCGAAACUGCCGCGGAGACGUUUGGUCUUACCAUCAUUUGCCGAAAAACUUCCACCCGUUUGGUUCUUUCCAUCGCAGUAGGCGGCGGUGAAUCAAUUUUUUGGGGAUUGAAUGAAGCUAACCAACCUUUUGUUCGUGGCCGAGGAUUUUGCUCAAGAAAGUGUCAAAGGGUUUUUUUUAAUAUUUUUUUUUACUAUUUUAUAUUUUAAGUUAAGUUUUACCUUUCCAUACGCAUUACACCUUGCUGUUCAGAACGUCCAGGUGAAAGGUGAAAAGUGUGUGUUUUAACUGUAUAAUCAUCGGUCCUCUCUCGCUCUGAAGGACAGAGAGGAAUAGCGAGAGAGAGAGUGAGUGGGAUGGCAUGUUUGUUUUCUCUUCUUUCAACGGAAAAAAAACUCUUUUAACCAAUCUAGUAGUAAGAGCUAUGAGAAAAUGGAAAUCAAAAACGUUAGCAAUUAAUUCGAGCGAUCGUAGAUAGCGAUGGCAGUGGCAGCUUGUUUCCGUCCCGAAGCAAGGGCAUGGCGUAGAAGCAGCAGAGGGGCGCUUUUGCAGCAGCAAGAAACUACUUAGUGUUAAAUAGGAAUUGAUAACUAAAAACAAACGGGAAAAAAGGUCCGACCCGUCGCUGGGCUAGUAAUAGGAAGAAAGUAAUGGAAAAAAUGGAAGACAAAAUUUCAAAUCGCCAAAACUGUUUCAAACGUGUAGCAGCAGCAGCAGCAGCAGCUGCUGCUGCCUUGAAAUGGAGUUCAAGCUAAAGAGGAAAGUACACGUUGUAUGUACGUCAUGUAAGUAAAUUGGGGCUAGCGAAGUGUUUGUAGUUAGGUUUAGCAAUCGAUCGUUCGCUUUUUUGUUUGCUUUCCUUUGAAUAGCAGUCUUGAAAAGCAUUUCGUUUUUUGUUAGGAUUCAAAAUAUUUCACUGUCGGUUAAGUUUUUAUGUUCACCACUGCACAGAACUGCACUGGUCCCUGGUAUGUUCCAUAAAUAAUGAUACGCCUUGAUUGUAAACGUGUUACCAAAUGGGUGUCGUCCGCCGGUGUAGUGAAGGCACUUAACUUUUCUGUUGCCACUUUGAUUUUAAGGGACAGUUUUUAACACUGUUUUUGGUGGUGUAAGCGACGACAUAGUAGGGGUGCGAACAGGGAAGACGGAUAGUAUAUAUCGCUAAGCGAAACCCAACUGCUUCUGUUCCGUCUACCAGUGGUCAAUUUUGUAAGAGAAAUGGAAUGGCAGGAAGGUGGACGAACGAUCGCACAAUACCGAUAGAGAGGGCGCAUAUACGGUGUGAUAAAUUGUUAAUAUAGAGUGAAAUACAACGGGCGGGAUAAGCAAACAUAAAAAAAUCCGCAUCAUGUUCACACUUUUACGGCCUUUAGUUGGUAGAUUGCUUUUUGUUAAAGCGAAAAGAAAAACUGUUACACAACGAAGCAAAAGAUUCCAAAAUUUUAGAGUUGUUUCUUUUUUGGUUAGCUACAUGUACUUUUAGUUUGUCAGAUUUCAGCAUUUAAAGGGUAGGGGGGAAUAUAGGAGCAGCUACCAACUAUUCAAACAAUGUAAUGUAUACGAAAGGGCAACAGACAAUGAAAACAAAAACAAACUCCUGUACAUACGUGUCACGUGCAGUUAUGAAACAAUCCUACCCUAUUCGCUCCGAUAAAAAAAAACUUCUGAUUUGAUUUUUUUUUUAUCUUUUUUAAAUACAUUGCUCUAAACUAAGCAAACGCAGAUCAAUUACGUUUGUUGCCAACCGGUUCUAACUGCUAAUAGUAAAAGUUUUUCUAAAUAUUUUGCAACUUAUCUACGGAGCAUUGUGUUAUCGUGCUAAUUUGUCCUCUUUUUUACCAUCGUGUUAGGAAAUAGUGUUUUUUUACGUUUCGGAAAUGCAUGUCAACACGUUGCGGUAACGUUAAAUUGUGUUUUAAUAAAAAUAUCAUGGGGAGAUACUUGAA